AUGAGAUUACAAGUGAAGUGGGAAGAAGGAGAAGUAGAAGCCAAAGCCACAAGAUUCAGGCCAGAGGAUAUAUACUCGUUGGACUUCGACUCAUCUGUAUUUGCAUCGCAUUAUCUCAAGGAAUCUUCUGAGUUGGAAUCUUAUAAGUUGGCUGUAUCCUUGGAUCUAGAUGAAGUCAUGACGGUGAUGGAUGGAAAACUAUACAAAUUAGCUACUCCACUACAGAAAUUCCUCCAUGAGGUGAAAGUGGUAAAGAGCAAAGAAGAACGUUUUGAUGAUGUUAUUUUCUACCAAGGAAAGUUCUAUGCUGUCACCAAUUAUGGAAGAACUGUAGUGCGGCAUUCUUCCUCGAAUGACCUGACAGAGAUUGCAUCUCCAAUAUUUUCUUCAAGUUGUGACAAGAAGCAGAAGAAGAAGAAGACGAAGAAGAAGAAGCAAAACAAGAAAGCUGGGUGUGCAUAUGUAGGAGAAGGUGGUUCUGUAGACAAAAUGCUCCAGACUGGAGUUAAGUUCAAGGUUUAUAGGUUGGAUCAGAAUUCAGGAGAAUGGAUUGAGAUGCAAGCUUCCGAUUUGAAAAGGCGAAUUUUGUUUGUGGGGGAGGACUUCUCUUUCUCUGUUUCUGCUCGAGACUUCCCUGGAUGCCCAGAGAGCUGCAUUUAUUUUUGUUACGAGUAUGAGAAAUGCCCUCAUGAAAUCUGUAGUGGAAUUGGAGUGUUUAACUUAGAUGAUGGAAUGGGGCUGCGCUUAGAACAAUACCCACCCAGUGCUAAUAUCUUAAUGCCACCCCCAACUUGA